CGCCCGCCGCUCGCUGCCGGAGCCGCUUUGUGCCGCGGCGCGGGGGACGCGGACGCGGGGCGCGGAGCCGGGGGGCGCAGCCUCAGCAUGGACGUGACCGUCUCGGAGCUCAUGGAGCUCUUCCUACAGAGCCCGCUGGUGACCUGGGUGAAAACUUUUGGCUCGUUUGGAAGCGGCAACCAGGACAACUUGAGUCUGUAUAUGGAUUUAGUGGACGGCAUCCUUUUGAACCAAAUCAUGUUGCAAAUAGACCCCCGGCCCACCAAUCAGCGCAUCCACAGGCACGUCAACAACGACGUGAACCUUCGCAUCCAGAACCUGACCAUCCUGGUGAGAAGCAUCAAGACCUACUACCAGGAAGUUCUCCAGCAGCUGAUCGUCAUGAAUUUGCCCAAUGUUUUGAUGAUUGGCAAAGACCCGCUGUCUGGGAAGAGCAUGGAGGAGAUGAAGAAGGCGCUGCUGCUGCUGCUGGGCUGCGCCGUCCAGUGUGAGAGGAAGGAGGAGUUCAUUGAGAGAAUCAAGCAGCUGGACAUCGAGACCCAGGCGGGCAUUGUGGCCCACAUCCAGGAGGUGACCCACAACCAGGAGAACGUGUUCGACCUGCAGUGGCUGGAGCUGCCCGAUGUGGCCCCUGAGGAGCUGGAGGCGCUGUCCAGGAGCAUGGUGUUCCACCUGCGCAGGCUCAUCGACGAGCGCCACGAGAGCACCGAGCUGAUCGUGGACCUGACGCAGGAGCGGGACUACCUCCAGGCGCAGCACCCGCCCAGCCCCGCCAAGUCCUCCAGCGCCGACUCCACGCCCAGCCCCACCAGCAGCCUCUCCAGUGAGGACAAGCAGCACCUGGCUGUGGAGCUGGCCGACACCAAGGCCCGACUGCGUCGUGUCAGGCAGGAGCUUGAGGAGAAGACAGAGCAGCUUGUGGACACCAGGCAUGAGGUGGAUCAGCUGGUGCUGGAGCUGCAGAAGGUCAAGCAGGAGAAUGUCCAGCUGGCGGCCGACGCCCGGUCUGCCCGUGCCUACCGGGACGAGCUGGACUCGCUGAGGGAGAAGGCGAACCGCGUGGAGAGGCUGGAGAUGGAGCUGGUCCGCUGCAAGGAGAAGCUGCAUGACGUGGACUUCUACAAGGCUCGCAUGGAGGAGCUGCGGGAAGACAACAUCAUUCUAAUUGAAACCAAGGCCAUGCUGGAGGAGCAGCUGACCGCUGCCCGGGCCCGUAGCGAUAAAGUCCACGAACUGGAGAAGGAGAACUUGCAGCUGAAGUCCAAACUUCACGACCUGGAACUGGACCGGGACACAGAUAAGAAGCGGAUUGAGGAGCUGCUAGAAGAGAACAUGGUCCUUGAGAUUGCGCAGAAGCAGAGCAUGAAUGAGUCGGCCCACUUGGGCUGGGAGCUGGAGCAGCUGUCUAAGAACGCAGAACUGUCGGAUGCCUCCAGGAAGUCAUUGGUGUCCGAGCUGAACGAGUGUGCCUCCAGCCGCAUCCUGAAACUGGAGAAGGAGACCCAGAGCCUGCAGAGCACCAUCCAGGGGCUGCGUGACGCGUCCCUGGUGCUGGAGGAGAGCAGCCUCAAGUGCGGGGAGCUGGAGAAGGAGAACCACCAACUCAGCAAGAAGAUUGAAAAGUUACAGACCCAGCUGGAGAGAGAGAAGCAGAGCAACCAAGACUUGGAGACCCUCAGCGAGGAGCUGAUCCGAGAGAAGGAGCAGCUGCAGAGCGACAUGGAGGCCCUGAAGGCUGACAAGGCCCGGCAGAUCAAGGAUCUGGAGCAAGAGAAGGACCACCUCCACCGAACGGUAUGGUCACUGCGGGAGAGGUCGCAGGUCAGCAGCGAGGCCCGUGGGAAGGAGGUCGAGAAGGAGAACAGAGCCCUGCACCAGGCCGUGGCGGAGGCCAACAGCCAGCUCAGCCAGCUGGAGGUGGAGAAGCAGCAGAUGCACAGGGACCUGGAGCAGGCCAAGGAGAAAGGGCAGCGGGCAGAGGCCCUGGAGAAGGAGCUGCGCCGGCUGGAGGAGGAGAACGAGCAGCUGGCCAGGAAGGCGGCCUCCCUGAAGAUGGCCACCGAGAAGGCGGAGGCCCUGGAGCACCAGAGCCGGGGCCUGGAGCUGGAGAACCAGACGCUGAGGAAGUCCCUGGACACCCUGCAGAAUGUGUCCGUGCGGCUCGAGGGCCUGGAGCGGGACAAUAAGCAGCUGGACGAGGAGAACCUGGAGCUGCGCAAGAUGGUGGAGACCAUGCGCUUCACCAGCGCCAAGAUGGCGCAGAUGGAGGAGGAGAACCAGCAGUUGGAGCGGGAGAAGGAGGAGCUGCGCAGGAACGUGGAGCAGCUGAAGGCCUUGGGCAAGAAGUCGGAGCGCCUGGAGCUUAGCUACCAGGGCAUGAGCGCCGAGAACCUGCGGCUGCAGCAGAGCCUGGAGAGCAGCGGCCACAAGGCGCAGGCCCUGGAGCGGGAGCUGGCCGAGCUGGAGGCCGAGCACCAGGCCCUGCGGCGAGACCUGGAAGCCCUGCGGCUCACCAACAGGCAGCUGGAGAGAUCCGAGGGGGACAGGAAGGCCCUGGAGCAGGAGGUGGCCCAGCUGGAGAAGGACAAGAAGCUGCUGGAGAAGGAGGCCAAGCGCCUCUGGCAGCAGGUGGAGCUCAAGGACGCCGUCCUGGACGACAGCACCGCCAAGCUGUCGGCAGCUGAGAAGGAGAGUCGCGCGCUGGACAGGGAGCUGGCCCGCUGCAGGGACGCCGCCAGCAAGCUGAAGGAGCUGGAGAAGGACAACAGGGACCUCACCAAGCAGGUCACCAUGCACACGAGGACGCUGACCACCCUGAGAGAGGACCUGGUGCUGGAGAAGCUGAAGAGCCAGCAGCUGACCAGUGAGCUGGACAAACUGAGCCAGGAGCUGGAGAAGGUCGGCCUCAGCAAGGAGCUGCUGCUGCAGGACGAUGACGGCCACGGUGACACAAAAUACAAGAUUUUGGAGGGCAGAAGCGAAUCGGCACUGAAGACAGCCCUGGCUGUGAAGGAAGAGAAGAUCGCGUUCUUGGAAGCCCAAGUGGAAGAGAGAGCGGGCCUGAACCUCCAGCUGCAGAGCGAGCUGCAGAGGGUUAAGGAGGAGUGUGAGCAGCUCAGGCAGACCCAGGAGCACGGCCCGCAGGCACAGAACUCGCUCAGGCACCCUGUGGGCAAGGCCGUUGCCGGUCACCAGGAGGAGGCCUGGGGACCCAGCCAGCAGGAGGCCACGAUGGAGCUGCUCCGCGUGAAGGACCGAGCCAUUGAGCUGGAGCGGAAUAACGCAGCUCUGCAGGCAGAGAAGCAGUUGCUCAGGGAACAGCUGCAGCACUUGGAGACGCAGAACGUGGCCUUCAGCAACCAGAUCCUGACGCUGCAGAAGCAGAGCGCCUUCCUGCAGGAGCGCACCACCACGCUGCAGACGCAGACUGCCACGCUGCAGGUGGAGAACUCCACGCUGAGCUCUCAGAGUGCCUCACUCACCGCGCAGUACGCGCUGCUCCAGAGCCAGCAGGCGGCCAAGGAGACGGAGCACGAGGCCCUGCAGAGGCAGCAGGAGCAGCUGGCGGCUGCCUACGAGGCCCUGCUGCAGGACCACGAGCACCUGGGCUCCCUGCACGAGCGCCAGUCCUCCGAGUACGAGGCCCUCAUCCGCCAGCACAGCUGCCUGAAGACGCUGCACCGGAACCUGGAGCUGGAGCACAAGGAGCUGGGCGAGAGGCACGGGGACUUGCUGAAGCAGAAGGCAGAGCUGGACGCGCUGCAGGGCGCCUUGACCUCGGAGCGCGAGGCACUGCAGCAGGAGCGGCGUACACACGCCAUCACCACGGGCGAGAACCAGAAGCUGCAGGGAGAGCUGGACAGGGUCACUUUCCUGCACCACCAGCUGAAGGGGGAGUAUGAGGAGCUGCAUGCCCACACCAAGGAGCUGAAGACAGCGCUCAACAGCUCACAGCUGGAGCUGAGCCGCUGGCAGGCGCGCUUCGACGAGCUCAAGGAGCAGCACCAGAGCAUGGACCUCUCGCUGACCAAGCUGGACAACCACUGUGAGCUGCUUUCCCGGCUCAAGGGGAACUUGGAGGAGGAGAAUCACCACCUCCUGAGCCAGAUCCAGCUGUUGAGCCAGCAGAACCAGAAGCUGCUAGAGCAGAACAUGGAGAGCCAGGAGCAGUACCACGAGGAGCAGAAGCAGUACAUAGACAAAUUAAAUGCCUUACGGAGACAUAAGGAAAAACUGGAAGAAAAAAUCAUGGAUCAGUACAAGUUCUAUGACCCUGCUCCAAAGAAGAAGAACCACUGGAUUGGAGCCAAAGCCUUAGUCAAACUCAUCAAACCAAAGAAAGACGGUUCCAGAGAACGGUUGAAGUCAGCCACAGACAGCCCUCCCUUGCAGCUGGAGUCCUCAGGGUCAGACCCUGCCUCGCCACCCCCUUCUCAGCCUCUCAGGUCACGGCCAGAGAACCCCAACACCCCCCCAGUGCGCCUGAACUGUGCAGAAGAGCAUGACACCCACAACGGGACUGUGGUCAAAGGCCCUGGGGAUCUAAAACCAAAGCGAGGGUCCCCACACGGAGGCAGCCUUGACCACACAGAAGCCUCCACCGACCCAGCCAUGAAGUCCUGGCCGUCCGAGCUGGGCUCCCGGACCUGCUCGGCCUCAGCCAUCACGGCAGCCCCUUCCAGCUCCGCUCCCACCCCCUGGCACCCAGGCCGCACCAAAGGCUGUAAUUCAGAUGACAACCUCUGCGACCCACCUCCGGAGCUCCAGUGCACCCAGCCCAGGCAGCAUGCGUCACGACCAGGCAGCUUGGAGAGCAGCAGGAACACAUCCAGCAACAGCUCACCUCCGAGCCUCAAAGGUUCCUCCGACCAGCUCCAUGGCCGGUCCGAGAGCUUCAGCAGUGAAGACCUGAUCCCCAGUAGGGACCCGGCCACGCUGCCCCCAGAGGCUGGUGCUCCAGGACGCAGUGCCCUUGGUCGUCACGAGAACCCCCCGCCCCGGAACGGACCUCUCCCCCAGGAAGGUGCCCAGAAGAGGGGCACAGCCCCCACACACACCGGAAUGCGGCCCUGCUCGGCCUCCCCGAGCAGCGAGAUGGUCACCUUGGAGGAAUUCUUGGAGGAGAGCAACCGCAGCUCCCCAAGCCACGACGCUCCUCCCGGUUACCCGGAUGACCUCCUGCUGAGAGACUACUUCCGAACAGCCAAUAAUUUUGUGGCCAUCAGAAGCCUGCCGGGACCACCUGCCAGGAAGGAAGGGGCCAAGAUGCCCGUCAGCCAUGUGGCCCCAAUCAAGAUGGCCAUUGGCACCCCCGAGGGGAAGCAGCCGAAGCCUGGACAUUACAUGAAGCCAAACUUCAGGCCAGCUGAGGCGGAAGCCCCGUCCAGUACACCCCCCAGACAGGCCCAGCCUCCCCAGAGCCUGUCCCUGGGCAGACCCCGGCAGGCCGCCGCGUCCUGCACCUCCCACACAUCUGCCAGCCGGAGUGCGUCCCUGAGCCGUGCCUUCAGCUUGGCCUCAGCUGACCUUCUGCGGGCCAGCGGGCCAGAGGCCUGCAAGCCAGAGUCCCCUCAGAAGGCGGGAGGUCUCGAGGCCUCAGGGGGCAGAGAGACAGGCAGCCACAGCCUGCACAGCCCUGCACCCCCCAGCUCCCACAGCCUGGCGCGGGAGCGGACCCCACUGCAGGUCUCAGGCCCCCGUAGCCGGCCACUGGACAUGAGGCGCUUCUCACUGGCUCCUCCAAAGGAGGAGAAGCUGGCGCCCCUGCAGCAGUCCGCCACAGCGCCAGCCAUUGCCAUGGGAGGUGGCAGUGGCAGUAGCUCCCAGCUGCAGCACUUCUCACCUGUUGCCACCCCAACCGCCAGGACCAAGCCCAAAAUGUCCCCACAUUCAGGGGAGGUGGCCACCAUCGCCCCUGUCCGGGCAGGGCUCAGCGGCUCAGAGGGAGAUGGGGUUCCAGGGCAGGGCUAUAAUGAGGGGCUCCCAGCCAAGAGCCCUGGGAGGUCCCCUGACUCGGCUCCUCACGGCAGCAGGGGCCCCGAAGACCUCAGUCGAGGGGGCAGCUCCAGGAGCGCACCGGCGUCCCCAGAGCCGGGUGGGGACCCACAGACGGUGUGGUAUGAGUACGGCUGCGUGUGACUGGUCUGGGGGGCCAGCAGCUCCCGAACCUCAGACUGCUGAGACGCCUUCUGAUCCGAGGCCCUUCUCCUGGUGCCUGCGGUGCUGGGAGAGGGUGAGGAGGAAGGGGUCCCCACGCCAUGGUCCCGUUUGUUUCCUGAACACUGUGCCAAGCCCCAAGGGGAUGACCGCCAGGUGUGUAACGCGUCUUCUAUACCUGGAGCUUCCUGCCGGCUGCUGGUGGCUUUGGAACAGAUCCACUUAGCAUGGGGGCCACUUAGAAAGCAGUGACAAAUCCGACCUGGCCCAGAGCAGACACUAUUUGAGUGGACCCUGGUAGAACACUCGUGUGCAAACCAUUGACUUCCGUUAAAAAAAUGCACAUGUGCGCGUGCACACACACAGCAGGCUCACAGGCUCAACCCUGGUGGGUCUGGAAACGACUCCCCAAGGCCAUUGGAUCCUGGGAACAGCCCAGACAGGUCAAGUACAAGGACCUGGAUUUCCUUUGCCCCAGGGCCAUGCCCUCAGGUCUGCGAGGCCUGGGCAUUUGUUCUCUCCUCCAGUUGGUUCUGGGGUCCCCAGGCCACCCAGGGACCAGCCUUCCUAGCUCAAUUUCUACAAACACUGGAUCUGCUGGGCCUGGGCCAUGGGUGCAGAGAUGCCCCGGCCCUGUCCCAGGAGCGAGCGUAGGGCGGGGGAGGCCUGUGCACAGAGGUGCCUGCUUGGCUUGUGGUAUGGCUGCAGCACCCGGCUUCCCCCAUCUCAGGUGGGAUGUUGAUUUCCGGAUAAUUGAGGG